GCCGACGGAGGGUCAAGGAAGGGUCGGGAAACUCCGAAAUAAAAAUUUCCAGUUAGGUUUUGGUAGAAAACCCUCCGAAGUCCAACCCCAGUUCCCAUUUUCGUUGUUGAUUUUUGAAAUAUGGCAGGGAGAGAAGUUCGUGAGUACACCAACCUGAGCGACCCCAAAGAUAAGAAGUGGGGCAAAGGGAAAGACAAACCGGACGAUGAAGAUGUUGCUUUCCAGCGUAUGGUGGCCAAGAUGCAAGAGGUUGCAGGAGAGCGUGGAGGCUACCUUCAUGGGCGAGGCGCCUUGGACAGUGAUGAUUUGCUAUAUCUCAAGGAGCAGAUGGAAGCUGAGGAGGAUGCUGAACGCCUCCUGCGCCGCACUGAGAAACGAGCAUUUGCUGCUUUCAAGAAAGCUGCAAGUUUAGCAGAUUCCUCACCUGCAUUGUCUCCCUUGCCUCUUCGUGUUGAACCCAAGCCAAAGAGCGGGAUCAGACAGCAAGAUUUGUUGAAAAAGGUUGUCGAGGUUAAACCCAAACGGCCAAAAUUUUCAAGCCCACCUGACAGAAAUCAAUCAAAUUUACAUCCAAGUGGUUCUGUCUUGACCAAUUCCAGGGAGUCCAACCAAGAGAACAAGAACGAACAUACAAUUUUGGAAUCAAAUAAAGCAGAAGAGCAGAAUAAGGUUGAAAACCCUGCCAAAUCCUUAUUAGGCUUAGCAUAUGCAAGUUCUGAUGAUGAAGACUAAGUGUAUUUGCAUUGGAGUAGUGAUACGUCUGUUGGUUGUAAUCUACAUAAAGACUGUUGUAUGUUUUUGAUUUUUCCCCUUUUACUGUAAACAUUCACAUUUUGUGACAUGGAGUAAAAUCUAAGUGGAUUAUUUGUUUGUCUGA